AUGGCAGAGUACUUGGUUACGGGAGGAACAAGCUUUAUAGCCUCUCAUGUUAUCAAUGCACCGUUAGAAACUCAGCCGAUCUACCGGUCGAGGGAAGCUUUGACGAGGCAGUCACGGUGUCGAUGGAGUCUUCCACAUCGCCUCGCGGUUUUCUGUUAUUCAGGAUGGCAACAAUCGGAUGAUUUUCUUCCUCAAGACAAGAUGAUCGAUCCCGAUAUAAGUGGAACAAGGAAUUUAAUGAACUCUUGUGAAAAAUCAAGAAACACUGUGAAAAGGAUUGUUCUCACAUCUUCUUCAACCUCAAUCUGGUACCGUUUUAACGCCACACAAGUCUCUCCACUAAACGAAUCGGAUUGGAGUGAUCUCGAGUACUGCAAACGCUUCAAAAUCUGGUAUGGUUAUGCAAAGACAUUAGUGGAGAAAGAAGCUUGGAUGAUUGCAGCCGAGAAGAAGCUAAACCUAGUGGUGGUAAUCCCUUCGUUUACCAUCGGUCAAAUACUUAGAGGUUGA